GCUGCUUGACAUGAAGCUGCCUCUCUCUCGUCCCCCUGCAAACGAUUCCUCUGUGCCCUCUGUCUUCUUCAUUGAUUUGACUUUCCCCCAGCUCUGCAGAAUGUCCACAUUUUACCACCGUGUCAGCUGCCUCCAAGGUCGACCGUGUUUGUGUCGCCGAAAGUGAAAACAGUCCACCUCUCGGUGAUUCUAGCCGUCAGUUCUCUUUUCUCCGGGGGAAACGUUCACCUUUCUCUCUGACUUUCUGUCUGUCCUCGCUGACUGGGGGUCUUUACUUCGGCAUGGACGUUUGCCAGGUCCCUCGCUCGACUUCUCCGCCGCUUGUUCCACAGUUUCGUUGCUCUCUUGGUGUGCAGAACUCCUUUUCAAACGAAAGUCCUGUGUAGAGCCGUAGGAUCGCCGUUUUCCGCCUCCCAGAGUGUCCCGAUACGCUGCGUCUGCCUCCCUUGUCGGCUGUGCGCUCCUCGCCUGUGCAGCGCUUCAGAGGGAACGCCUGAACGCGCUUUUCGCGAAGUCCGGUUCUUUGUCACUGACCAAUGAGCUUUGGUUUCCACGCACAAUGUCCAGUAAAGAAACAGGCGAGCUGGGUCCGGAAAACAGCCUUGUUAAGAGGUGAAACUUGCUCCGGGGCAGCAUGGAUGCGUCUGCCACUCGGUUCGUGUGCUUUCUUUCGUCCGUUCUUGACAAUCGACACUCCCUUGGCCCUUCACUCUUUCGCAGCUGACCCAACGAACAUAUCGGCAUCGUAACAACGCGCUCGCCCCUCAUUCUCCGUUUGUCUCAUUUGGAUUUUUCUACGUCUUUCCAUCCACGCGUCAGACUCCCCGUCUGUUGUAGUGGCGUCACGGCUGGUGGUAUACGGCAACCAAGCAAACCGUAGUAGAAGCCUAGGAAACAGGUGCAUUCGCGCGUUCUCCUUCCUCGCCAUCUCUGUGGGAGAUGCAGCACUGAAGCGGCAGAGGCCUUCGAGGCGUCUCGGUCUUGAGAGCCUCUUGGCCGUUCAGACUGCGACGAAACCGCUCUUGCGCGUUUCUCCUUUCCCCCGAGAUUUGCUCUGUUUCCGCACACAGUGAACUGAACGGCCGAGGGAGGCGGCCUGCAAGACGACAGCAGAUCUUGGAUCGACACUGAGGAGGACAAAGGCGAUUUCGGGGGAGUGAAACGGGGCCCCUCGAGGCUCCAGAGAAGAGAGACAGAGAGGAGGAGAAGAUCCACGAUUUCCGGUGGCUUUUCCGUUCAUCCAGAGGAAGAGAAACGGACGGAGCUGGAGCCUGACGAGGAAGAGAAGAAAGACAAGUGUACUCGAUGCUGGAGGAACAGAGUGAGUGAGUGAGCACUCCGCGCCUGUCAACCGGGUGCUUCUGACGCGACAAGGAUGCCUGGGUCUCUGACAGUAACCCAGUCCACGAGUUUCGUCGCUGAGUCGAAUGCCUGGAAAGAGCUGCGGUUUCCGACUUCGCUCGACGGGCACCGAGGAGACUCUCUGUUCUCCCAUUUUCGUUACGCCCUGAGCGAGAACUGUCGCAUGUCUGUCUGACCGCGUAGACGGUUCACUCGCCUCCCAGACACUGGACAGCUCGUCCACAUCCCGCUCCUUGAGCUGCUCUCUCUGGAGAGCGAAAGUGAAUCCGCGAGAAUCCGAGAAUCGCUUCUUCCUUCGCCGCAUGUAGAGGCGUUCGUUUCCACUCUUCCCCUCCUUCCCACCUGGCGCCACGGUUCACAGACAGCGUUUCGUAAGCCAGAGGGCCGGAAGCGACUGCCGUCUGUACACCGCACAUUACCGAAACGGAACGGCUGUCUUUCGCCAUGCGCGUUGUGGGCAUCUGUUGAAGCAGUAGGCGCCCCGUCUGGUGUUCCUCCCGGUGAAGACCAGGUUUUUGUGAAGCUUCUUCUUCGACUCGCCCGGCGGCUCCGACAGCUUGUGGGCUACAGAGUCUCACGCGUAUCCUUUGGCGGAUGCGCCUGAAGCUCCGGUUCUUCAACAGGGCCGUACGAGAACGUUGGUCUGCCGCCUCUGUAUCUGCUUAACGGGUACGGCGUUUACUCACUCUUGUCCCCGUCCUCUGUAGGGCUGGUUCCCUUCCGAACUCUCCUCCCUUCGUUCUUGUCCUUUAUUUCUUCCCAUUUAGCUGCCUCGCUUGUCUCCAAUUAUGCAUACGCUGGAUUAACCGCUCAUAAGGACAGGCCCACGAUGCGGAUUGGCACAGAGACGCCCCGGGGGGGAACGCGAGCUGCGAGCGAAGAGGACGGAGACGAUGGAUCUUGGACACUGGUGGCGUCGAAACGACGCAGGCCUCCUCCUCGCACCCCUCCGGGCCUGGCGUCAGCUUCGCAGGCUCGCUCGGCGCGGGGACGCGCCGCGGCGUCUCUCUCCAACCGCGCCCGUAGGAGUCUUUCGCAGCGCUCGCGUCGCCCUCGGCAGGAGGCGCGUCCGCACGGUUCACCGCCGUGUGCCUUGAGUGCUUCGGCGGCUGCGGGAUCCGCAGAGACAGUUGGAGCGAGUGGGGAGGACGAGGACGCAGGCCUUCGAGGGGGCGCGCAGGAGCAGGGGACAGCGCGAGACCUGCGAGAGCAGUGGCCAGAGUUGGCCGCUGCUGCCCAAGCAGGCUGGGGCGAGAGCGCCCCCCCGCGCGCGACCUCCAGUUGGGCGACAGUCGCGGCAGGAAGCUGCGGGUCCGCGCGGGCGCCUCUGGGGCAGGCUCUGCGACCGUGUCUCUCGACGCCCACAGGCCGCGAGGCCCCCCCAGCGAACGUCCCGGGGCAGGCGCCCUGCGGUGUGGCGGAGCCGCGGAGGCCGGGGGCGAAGGCCAGUGCGCCGUCAGGGAGUUCGCGGCGCCAGGAGAUGCCACGGGAGGUUCCAACGCGACCGCAAACCGCGCGAGGGCCUGCAGAGGCCGCGACGGCCAGUGGUUUGGUCCUGGGGCGGAGUCCGAAAGGUCCGCGCGGAGGCGAAACAGAGGGGAGACGGAGGAGCUUGGGCGAGGAGAGGAGAGAGUCGGAUGGGAAGGCUGAAGGGAAAGGAUCGCGGAAGCCUCAACUCGACAGAGCUGGCGGCAAGACCCAGCACCGGGGAUCUCCUGAGGAGGGGCGAGAGAAGGCAGGGGGCCUCGUGGAGACGAACGGCGAAGCUGCAGAAGCAAAGCGAGGCCCCUCGAAGAAGGAGCACCCUGACAAGGUUGCGGAAGAGGCCAGGAUGCAGGAAGAAAGCAAGGGAACACAAGGCGGGAAGCAAGACAGACAACCUGGAAGAAAACUCUCUGGCGAGAAGAAACGAGUCGAGACCUCCCACACAGAACCGGCGGGGGCUGCGGGCCUCCCGUCGACGGCUGGGAUACGCCAAAAAGCUCCUUCCGGUCACCGGACAUCCGCUGACGAGGCCCUCAAACCCCGCCGCGCUGUUUCAUCUUCGGCGCUGGCGUCUCCUUUGAGCUCCAUGUCCCCUACAGGUCCGGCAGCACAGUCUCCUUUGCCGGCUUCUAGCAGAGGCACGACAAGCGCGAAGCCGCCCGUGGGGGCCCCCAUGUCUGUCUCUGCGCCUCGGCCGAAGCUCGUGAGCGACAAAGACCUUCGAGCGACCUUGGAAGACACCGAGAAAGCCGUGAGCGCAUCUACACCCCGUGGCGCAGGGGGCGCGGGGCCGGAGCGCGAGACAGACGCUGCGUGCCGCGCGAGUGCUGCCUGCGGAGAGGCUGAAAAGGUUUCGUCUGACGAGCAAAGAGACGGAGCGAAGGCGCUCGGGAAGGGCGGGAAGAAGGCCGAAGUGAAGACGAAUGCGCGUGGAAAAGAAGCAAAGACAGCAGACGGGGGCGAGGCGGAGGGCUCUGGAAAGACCCAGGAAAAGAGAGAGAGAUCUGCACUGAGGCCGACAGAAAGGCCUGGCAAAGUGCCGGAGACCCAAGGAGAGGAAGGCGAGCGGGGGACUCUGAGCGGAGGCCGAGAAGAAGAAGGAGAAGCACUUGCAUCUUUUACAGAAGAGGAAAAAAAGAAUCAGUCUCAAGAACCUUCCGCCGCGGGGCUGCGCUUCCUGUGCCAGUGCGAACAGGGCGACAGCGCUACCGAGGAGCAAGAGGAAGAUGAAGUUCGAGCCAUGGAUGCCAUGUACACCCCGGUGAAGAUUCUGCAACCUGGGUUUCUCUCCGCGACCUUUCUCGCUGAGCUCCACGACCCUCUGCUGGACUUCUGUCCGCCGUCGCCUCACGCGCCGGCGCUCCCGGACCGCGACAGGGGGAGCGCGGAGCCAGCGGGGUCGACGGACGACCUACUGCUUGCCCUGCCAGCGGACUUCCUCUCUGGAAAGAACCAGUCUGUGUCGCCUGUGUUGACGCGGCGGCUCUCACGCGCUGGCGUCGCGGAUCAGGGCGCGCCGCACCCGAAGGCGGAGACUCCAGAGGUUUUUAAUCUGCGAGCCUGCCCGUGGCUGCUCAGACUCAGUGUGUCUGGGUGCGGCUUCUGCGCCCUUUCUGGGGAAGAGAGCGAGGAAGAAGAGACAGAGGAGAACGACGCGAAAGGCGAGAAGGAGUCCCGAAACUGCGCGUCGCCUUCACGCUCGUCUCCAGAGCUCUCGCAGUCGCCUCGCCCAGGUGCCCUCAAUGCUGCUGCCGGCGCGUCCCCCUCCACGGAGCCCCCUGCGUCUGCCGUCUUGGACAAAGAACAAACGCAUGCUUCUUGGACAGAUCCGAUUCCGACUCGGGAGCCUUUCUUGCACUCGUCGCCGUCCACCACAGCUGACAUCUUCCCCCUCGACGCCCAAGGAUCGUCUGGGCGUCUGUCUCCUUCCUCGACUCUCACGCCCUCCGGCCCCGUUUCCGCGCCGAGCAGGUCUCCUGUCUCCUCGCCCUCGCCCGAUGGGACCGCGACGCAGGAGACGCGAGACGCCGGGGCAACAGCAGAGGCCGCCCUCUCUCAGCGGUGUCAGCUGUGCUCGGGGGAGUGCGACGUGGAGUGUGUACGCUAUUUAUUUCGAGUUCUGAGUGAAACUCAGCGGGCGUUCUUCGCAGUCGUCGAUGUGCUCCUGCCCAGAAAUUACCCCGCAGGCCCGCCGUACGUUGCAGUGGGUCUCUCUCACGCCGUCCCCCGAACGGAAGUCCAGAGGCUUCUGCGCGACUUGAGAGAAGAGUUCGAGGCCUCCAAAGGCGAGGUUGUCUUGUACCGACUCUGUCUCCAACUCCAGUCGUUCAUGGCGGAGCUGUCGAGCACCUCUUGCUUCAGCAAUUUGUGGGAGGAAAUGCAUUUCAAGGAGCGUCAGAGACGGCACUUGCUGCUGCGCGAGCAGCAUAUGAUUCACCAGAGUCUGAAGGCUCGGCAAGGCCUUCUGUCGCAUCCGUUCGGGCAUUUGGCCGGGCGCCUCAACGACGAGCGACGAGCCGCUCCCCUCGGGUCUUCAGAGACGCGCCACAGCUACCGGUACGCCGCCACUCCCUCGCUCGCGGAUUCCGUCGACGACAGCGGCCUCGUCGGCAGCCGCGCGCCCGGUGGCGGCCCCUGCCAGGCCGACCGUGGAGCCCAAGGCUCCUACGCCGACCUUGCGACCGCGGUCGGAGCCGGCCCGCUCAAGCGCGCAGGCUCCUCCCGGGGCGACCUCGAGCGCGACCUCGCCGACUCGGUCCCUGGACCUGCCAACGGCGGCCAGUUCGCAGGGCGCCUCGCCGCGCUCGACCGCUUCGGCGAACAACGGGGAGAAAACGCCUUCACGUUUCAAGCUGCUGUCAAGGCCCGCAUGCGUCGUAUCCUCGACGACAGACGACAGGAGCCUUUCGACAAUGACCCAUCGCUGCAGUACUCCCGGAGUGUCGCCUGGGCCGCCGACGACGAGGCUUCGUUUUACUGGGAGGACGAGGACGACGAAGAGGUUUCUGACUUCCUUGAUCUCGAAGAGGACUAUGUCGAUAUUCAGUCGAGCUUCUACGCCUCGCCCUCGAACUCGCGGAGACGGGCCUCGCACCGGCGCUGGAUCUCUCAAUUUCGGCGCUGCCGCUCGGCUGUCACGUCGCAGCCGUCUCCGAUCUCCGGCGCCUUCGGCCUCGAGGUGGAGCCCCAGAAAAAAUCAGAGGGCCCGCCGAGUCCCGCGCGCGACUCCGAGGUCCCAGCGGCCUCGCAGGCGCUCUCAGGCGUCGUCGCAGGGGCGCGCGCCGCCCCAGUGGGCGCUGUGCCAGACGAAAAGGGAGGCGGAGACAGCGAACCGGGGGUGCUCGAGAAAGAAAGUGCGCAAGCGCUGUCGGGGCAGGCGGGCGUUCCCUCGUCCCCGCUCGCCGGCAAAACGCCGGAGGCGAAGAAACAGAGCGACAGCGGUGCUGGAGCCCAAGCCGGUUCGGGCGCGCUGGGCUGCACGGGUGCCCGUGACGGCGCCGCGGCUGGCGACGCGGAGACAACGGCGCCCCCGAGCGGCCUCUCCGAGAGCCUCUGCGUCGCGGGGGCGGCGGGCCGAGAGGAAAGGCGCCGCGGGGCAGGGAGUUUCCGAUCGCUUCUCCUCAGCUCACAAAGGACGACGAGAUACCAAAGAGAUUUCAUUCAACUCGAGGUACUGGGCAGCCGCGAGCGGUACCGCAUUGCUCUCGUUUACCACAUCAUCGACAAGCACAAGUACAUCGUGAAGCAAAUCUUCAUUCCCUGCGGUCCAGUGUCUCUGUUGGCCCGUCUCUCGCCAGGCACAGAAGCUGGACGGAGACGCAAGCAACUUCAGGGCCUCGAACUCGUUGAAAGCGCUCUUCGUCAAGUGACGCUCCUCUGUGCUCUUCAACAUCCCUACAUCAUGCGGUACCACCAAGCGUGGACGCAGUACCACACCGCCGCUGCGCUCGCCGCCACCAGCGGCGAAGGCGGGGACCCCCCCAACGCGAUGCCUCUGUCGGAUCUAGGCGACGCGCCAGAGAGCGGCGAGGAGCCUUGCAUUGGAGUGUACGUACAGAUGGAGUUCUGCGAGCGCAGUCUCGAAGACGAAAUCGAGAAACGCACAGUGCUGCACUGGGACUCUCAGCAAAUCUGGACGCUGUUUCGACAGACGCUGGAAGCUCUGGUGUACAUACACCGCAACCGGGUGUGUCACCUGUCUCUGAAGCCGUCGAACGUAUUUCUUGAGCCUGACGCUUACGGCUACAAUGUCAAGCUGGGCGACUUCGGCAUCACUUCACUUUUUUCGAUUGUUCACAACGUGCACUCGCCCAUUUCGCGACUCUACACGGCGCCGGAACUCCUCGGCGCAGCGGACAGGAAAUUCGCUUCUCUGACGAUGCGCGACGCAGACAAGGCAGACAUGUACUCUCUCGGCGUCCUCUUUGCGGAGAUGUGGGGUCGACACGAAAUGUUCGGACGCUCCUGCAGUCGGAUCGAGUUUUUAACUUCUCUCGUGAAAGAACGGAAUCUGCAGCAGCUGAACGUUCCUUCAGCGGCCGUCAAAAUCAUCAAGCACCUGCUGUCUCCGAAUCCUGGAGAUCGUCCUUCGUCAAUGACUUUGCUGCAGUCUUCGCUGCUUCCACCAGCUGUCGAGGAGGAUCUGUUCAAAGCCUUUCUUCUUCGGCUGCGUACGCAGGUCCAGAGUCGCUCUGCGACACCGCCUCUUCGGGACUCUUCGCUCUCGCCUGCGAGCAGAAAGAAAACAGAUCCGCGGAAAAAAAAUCUGGACAAAGGCCGAAGUUCUCUCGCUUCCACCGCUCAGACUGAAGGCCUGCAAUCCCACACUCCACACGGAGCCCCGGGCCUGGCAGGCGAAGUCCUCAAAAUCUUUUUUCGUCGACAAUUCGAUUCUGCAUCUGCGACUCUCUUCUUUAGUGAUUUCCUUAGAAGAUCCAGCACGGCGCCCGAGCCUGAAAUGCGGUGUCUCGUACAACGGUCCCUUGCCGACUUCUUUGCUCGAUGCGGCGCAGACGAAAUUCAAAUCCCUCUCCUUGUUCCCCUGACGAAAGGCCUGGCGAAAUGUGAAGAGGCCUUGAAACACUCACCGACGUAUGCGUCGAUUCCUCUCUCCGAGUCUCUGUCUCUGCUGGACCACAGAAAUGUACUUCUGACUCUCCCGCGGUUCUUCACCUCUGCGCUCUGUGCCUGCGGAGACGCGGGCGCCUUGCCAGACUCUCUCCACUCUGCGUCGCUCGCGCCAUCUCCGGAGGCGGCUCUCCAGGCGCUGCUGUCUCCUGUCUCCUCGCGCCUGUCGACCUGUCCCUUCUGUGGGGAACUGUCUCCUUCGGCUUCCGUGUCUCCUCGCUCGUCGCUCUCGUCCGCCUCCUGCUUUGCCCAUGCUGCGCUCCUCUCGGCGCCUGUGGGCAGAGCUUACGCUGGGCUCCUCGAAGACUCAGAGAGAGGAAAAGAGAAAACAGAAGACUCUGAAAUUUCGAGUGCAGGAUGCGAAUACCGACGCUUCUGCGUGGGCCAUUGUUACACAGCUCCAACGGUCUCGUUCCUCGCGAGCUACGGUCACCCUCUUCCAUACUUUUCCGCCUGCUACCAGCUUCUCUUCCCUGCUGGCCCCGAGCCGCCUUGUCCCUCCUCAACAUCCCCGCUCUGUCGCAAAUCCAGUAAGCCUGCCGCUGCGACGGAGGCAUCUCCUCCUUCUCUUCCCCACUCUUCUUCUCCUUUCUCGCCGUCGUCACAUCUCGCGCUCUCGGCGGAGGAGCAGCGGACAGCUCUUUUAGAGGCUGAAGUUCUGUCGGUCUGCGGAGGCGCGAUGAGGACUGUGCAAGCGAGUCUCGGCCUCGCUCUUGGCUGGCGAGUCUCUUGGUCUCUCGGCAGCCUCUUGCCUGCAAUUCUCAGAGAAUCUUUCUUGGUCCCGCUCUCAGAGCUGCCGCAUGCAAUGGCGCUGCUCCGGCAAGUGCGACCGUCGGAGACGGGCCAAGUGCCAAGAGACGCCCUUCAGAAGGCUGUGGAGAGACUCCUCGAUAAUCACUCGGUUCUUCCCUUUGCGGAACGUCCCCGGUUUGCCGCGAGUCUCCUGUGUGUCGCCGCUUGCGACGGCGCUUCCGUCCGCGCGUCUGUCGCGCGUCUCUUUCAGGUUCACUCUCGCCUCCACCGACGCAUGCAGAGCGACGCGGUCCUCUCCAGACUGUGUCUGCUUCUCGCCCACCGACCUCUCGCGCCUCGUCCUCUUCUGCUGCAGCUCCUCUCCUCUUCGUCGCUCGCUCUCGGCGGCGCAUGCCAGCCGGGAGGUGACCGGGGCAGAGACGCCGAAAGGCGCGUAGAGACAGGUCACUCGCAGGGAACAGAAGGGCAAGACAAGGGAGGCAGCGCUGCCGAGCAGUCGCUGGCCGACGCCUUCCUCGCAGGCGAGGUGGGGAGACAUCUGAUGAGAGCUCUCUACAUCGAGAGGAGUCUGGCGAAGACGGAGGAAGAGUGCCGGAACUUCCUCUUUCGCGUCUUCCUCCCAGGCGACUUCAGAUCCUUCGAUCCCAUGGGUCUGCUCUUCCAAGCCUCCGUCGGAACGUCCUGCCCCGACAAGUCUUCCUCUUCUUCCUCUUCCUCUUCUUCCUCGUCUUCUUCUUCCUCUUCUCCCUUCGAAGGGAUUCCUGUUGGAGACGGGGGGACUUUGUUAGCGUGGGCGUGGAGUGGUGAGGAGCCUCGCGGCGGCCGAGUGUAUCGGCAGGCCUCUUCUGUUUCGUUUCCUUCUCUCUCUGCUCUGAGUCACCGGUCGGCGAGUGUCUCGCUGAGGCGACGGGAAGAGAAGCUCUCUUCGUCUCCCGCCGUCUCUCCAGCCGCACUCCAGACGCUGAGCUUCGAACUGGCUCUCGAGCGCGUCCUCUCCUUCUCUUCCCUCCUGAGACGUCUCCGCGAAAAUCCUGCUCUUUGUCAGUUCGGCGCAGGCCCGCUGCCUCUCCCUUCGUUCGUCUUGCCGCUGGUGUUCUCUGCAGAAGCGAACGCGGCGGCGCUGCGCCUGGCCACUGCCCUCGUCAAACAGACAGCGCCUCCCGCCGACGAGACAGAGUCGUUCUUCGGAGCCGGAGGGGACGGCGCGAACAGCGCGUCUGAGCUCGGAGACGUCGCAGCGCUCGACUACUCACUUCCCCAGGUCGUCGUCACGGCGCAGAGCGCAAAGCAACUUCCGCUCGGCUUUUCUCUCGUCUGCAGACUUCUCCGAAGGGGCAUUCGCGCUGAGCUUCGCGUCACUCCGGUGGUUGAGACUUCUUACUUCCAGCGCUUGCUUCGUCGUUCGCGCCGCAUUCUCUACCACGUUCAAAUCCAGCAUCACCGCGCGUCCGUCGCUGCCCAUGCGACGCUGACGGUCUCCCCGGAGUCGUGCGUCUCUGCGCUCGCCAGCGGUGCCUCGUAUGCCUCUCUCCUCACCCUCGACGCGCUGCCCGCGGCGCUCUCCUUCCUCCCAGGCGGCGCGCCCACCAGCGGCGUUCUAAGCAGCCGAGAAGCCGCGGCGUCUCUGCUGCGGGGCGAGCACAGCGCCCAGGGAUUUGCCGCGUCUUUCAAGGCGAGGGAGGAGGCGUCCCUGCCUUCCUCCGCGCCCCAGAGCGGCGCCGCGGCCGCGGGGAUCGGCGGACCUGCUGGUCCUGGAGGAGCGGCCUUUGCCGGCCCUCCCCACAAUUUCCUGGUGCCGGGCGCGGGUGGCGCCCAGAGUCUCCGAACCGCCGCUGGAGGGGCCUGUCUCCCCUCGCUCGCCUCGCUGCCCGCCGCGUACGUCAUUGAGGCGCUGCAUGCGGGUGCUGGCGGCGCGCGAGACCUUGCGUCGGCGUUUUUCCCCGAGCGCAAGAAACAGAAAGUCUUCAGUGAGGCUGCGGCGAUUCACCUCCUCUGCUCCGCCCUUGUCGAAGGCUACGAAGGCGAGAAAGGAAGCGGCGGCAGAAAAACCAAGAAGGGAGGCGCAGCCGAGCGCGGAGAGUCCGACUGUGCAAAGCCAGGCAGAGGUGGAAGAGACCGACGCUGAACGCAGCGCAGUGCAGUGAAGGAAAACGCUUCAAACGGAGAGGCUCGGCAUGCGAGGGCCGCGAGGAGAGAGGAGAUGAGACACCGAGAAGAAAUCGCGAGACAGAGCGACAACAGGAAGCAGCAUCUCGAAGGGAGAGAGAGACGAGAGAGGACGCAGCAAGCAGAAGGAACCAGGAGGAGAGAGAGGGAGCAACGAGGAGGAAGCGAGAGUGAUGUUGAGAGAGAAGCCUGUCGCACUCUCUCUCUCCUAUUGAUGCACUUCCCGCGCCUGUUCCCUCCGGUGAUUCUUCUCUCUUCUGCGGUCUGUCGGCCGCAUUGGCAUUCGACUGGAAACAUGGGGUGGACGCUUGCGGCGGUGGCUUCUGUCGGUCUGUGAGCCCCCGCGUUUUUCUCUGCACAGGCGACCGUCCCCUCUCUGUUCCUCUGCCGCUGUCUCGGCGGCUCGCCUCCUCUUCUGCGGUCGCCUUCGGCGCCUUGUGAACAGAGUUGCUUGGCUGUGCAUUUCUGUCGCGCGUUUCUCUCCGUCCCUUCCUGUGAGAAAAGAUCUCCCCAACGAAGAAUUAUGCUGGUGUUCACAUGUUUUUUAUCGAGACGCCACUGAGCGUCUUCCGGUCUGAAAGGUUCUGUGCGUCCUCGCUGCAUGCUUCUUUGUCUCAGUUCUUCCAGCUUCAGUUCUUCCUGUCACCCCAACGCACCACAGGCGUCUUCAGUUUUUUGUUCGCUUGUCUUGAAGUCUCUCCUUUUUUCGACCUUUUGAGGCUCGGGACUCCGUUUCAGCCUCACACUUCCUCGUUUUUUCGGUUUUUUGUUUCGGGAUGCCCCCGCGAGACGCCAGCGUAGAUGUCUCGCGACAGUGUGGCUUUGUCUUUGCGGCUUCUCCGUUUUUCUUGUCCUCGUUAGAGCGGCGCGCGUUCCCCGUUCUUCCAAUCUCCCUAAGUGAUCGCAGAACUGCUUCCAGACGCUUGACUCCAGAGACUCUUUCGCAACGCUCCCCAUUGAAAAACCGCUCUUCGAUGCUUCCUCUCGCCCCGGUCCCAGACUGUCUCUUCCCUUUCACCUCUGCCCAGAGACACCUGAGGUCGACUUCCCGCGCGC